GGCUUCGACACACAUAUUUUACGCCCAAUUAUCAAACCAUAUUACAAGGAUGGAUUUGGAAGCAAGUCAAUAGGAGAGCCACAAUGGAGACCUCAUCCCAGAAAUGCUUUGUCGGUACCCGACAGACUUGACAACACAGUGAAGUGAGUAGGACUCAGCCAACUUUCUUUGCAACCAUUUACUGACUCUUAUAAUGACUACUGCUCUACAUGUACAUGUAGGUCUUUGAAACAUUCGGUAUUUUAAAUAACCCUCCAAUCAAGGACUACAUCCAUUGGGUACCUACAUGUAACUUCUUAUGAUAGCAACUCUCUAAAUUGGCAACUCUUUUGGAAUUAAGCUGAUAGCAUUCUUGAGGAACAUGAAUGCUAACAUUCUGAUUAUCAUGAACAGUGACCAGAAGUUUGGCACAACAAAAUAAAUAAGAAAUCAUCCUUUGGUUUUAAUGGCUGAUGUAGCAUCAACAUUGAGUCCGAGCAUAAGGGCCUUUUUGUAUGAACCCAAUUUGCUAAGCUGGUCCCGGUUCAGAGAUCUUGCAUGCAUGACUUAACCCUAGAUUCUUUGUAAACAUUUUGAUUUGUUCAUGAGAGAAAGGGAUGGCUCAGUCCCCAAGAUCUUGGUCUUUUCAACACGGAUCUCUAUGGGUUAACUUAAAUGAGUACAGAAGUGUUCCCAUUGUUUUGAUAUCAGCAAAGAUUGGCCUAUUGAAAACCUCAUAGAAAUUCUUUGUUACCAAUGCUUUUAUUUAGAGGUGGCAAUGGGCUUGACUGGUUUUCUAGUCUCCGAUGUGCCUCUCUGGAGGAUACUUCACCUCGUACAUACUCUGUGCCAAAGCAAGGACUAUUGCAAGUGCCAGCACAUUACAGUACAAAUGACAGCAACAGUUCACUGAGGGAACAAGGUAGUUGUGUGAUUCAUUAUUUUAAUUCUUGAGAUCUUUGAAAUUUUUAGUGUGGCUCACUGCCCUGUUAUAACAUCCAUAUCUUACCUCUUGUAUUGUAAAUUGCUGGCAAAAACAAAACAAAACAACGAAAAACACAGCUACACACUAAGAGUUCUUUGGGUUUGGUUUGGAAGAGAACCUUUUACUGUUUCUUCAAGUUUUGAUAAAGACCAGGGGCCUGUUUCUCGAAAGUCCCGAUAAUUAACGGGUCUGGUAAGCCGUCUCCGUUUAUAUUAAAGAUCAAGGUUUCAAAAGUUUUGCUUCCAACACGAUAAAACUGUCAGUUAAUGAAAUAAAAUGGAGUAGUUUGCUAGCCAGGACCCGCGCCCUUAUUCUUUAUAUUUCGAUUUGAAUAUUUGAUUUCGGGCCCGAAAAGUUACCUGGACUUUUGAGAAAUGGGCCACAGGCCCCGGUUGUUUAAAAGGUGAAUAGCCCUAUCCACUGCAUAAAUCACUAUCCAGUGGAUAACGCAGUUAGUUUUCAUAAUACUUAUCCACUGGAUAGCGAUUCAUCCGGUGGAUAGCACUAUCCAACUUUUGAACAACCAGGACCUGUUAGUGAAUAUCCAUUGACACAGCUGGAAAUUAAAGAGCUUAAAAUUAGGAAACUUUUCAAGUAAAGGUGAGAAAUCUUCACUUGAAUGAAAUGAAAUGAAGAGUGAAAAAAUGAAGAGUCGUGGAUGAGAGGACAACAGACGUGCCCUCUUACAUAAUAUGUGAACAGAAAUGUACAAGCUUGGAUGUCAGCAUACAAAGGCGCCACUGGCAGCCACUCUCAGUCCAUUUGUGAGCUUACUGUACCCACCCAAACCAUGAUGUGAAUGAUGUGUGAAGGUUGACCACAACACCGGGGUCUAUGUCCUACUCUUUUCGAACAGUGAUGUGGGUUCUUUUAAGUCCCACAAGAACCAGAUAAGUGUAAGUGCUGUGAGACAGGACCUACGGUUUUUCGUCCUUAUCCCAGAAGACUAGAAAGUCUAACCAUUUGCAGAUGUCAUUACAAAGGCAGCACUUUCUUUUCAGUUAUUUGAACACCCUGAGUGUUGGUCCGGCCAGGGUUCAAACCUGUGACCUCCCACUCAGCAGACUGGCGCUCUCCCAACUGAGCUAACCAGGCGGCUUGCUUUAGACGUAUCACUUUUAAGCUUAAGCUUAACUGUAGAAUAGUCAAUAUCGAGAACUGCAUUACUAGGAAGCACUGGUCAACAUGACCUAUAAAAAGUGAGAGACCCAAGUUUGAUAUUCUAUGUUUAUUGACUUCCUUUUUUUUGGAAUGAAAGCAAAAUUUACUCGUUGUGUCCUUUUUUAAGCUUUUCAGGUUCCUGAAAUAGCACCAAGAACAGUACCAUUCCAGAAAGAAUUGCUGGAAGAGAGGCCUACACAACACCGGACCCAGAUUGAGUAUGACACUUAUGAUGAUUUUGAGAAAAUUUAUGCCAGGAGACCACUAGAAAUUUCUUUAAGAAUGUCUGUUGGAGCUAAAAGAGAAGGUAUAAAAAACAAUUAAAUUUUUUUAUUAUAAUUAUUAUUUAAUGAUUAAAAUUUGUUAAUAAUUAUUCUUCUUUUUGUUAUUAUUUAUGAUCCAUACUGAGGCAUUGUAGAGACUCAAAACCCUUAGUUUAUUGGGGUGGGGAUUAUGUACAGUAAUGAAGGGUAAGGAUGACUAUUUCUCUCUCUAAGGUUGAGGAAAAGUACAUGUAGUAAAGACAAAAUAGAAUUUACAUCUAAAUUCGUCACUAAUAAUGUUACCUGUAUUUUACAAUGUUCUUGAUUUAGUAUAUAACCAGAGAAAUGGCAUUCCAGCCACAUCACUAGGAGACAAGAGUUAUCAGGUACCAGAAUAUUCGCCGGAUUUCCACAAACAUGGCAGCACAAGACCGGUUAUUAACUUUGGGUAAGAACUUACUAUUUCUUUCUCAUCCAUUAGUAAAACUGGGCAAGAACUAUCCAUCUAUUGUUAAUGGCAACUCUCCUGAUGUAACAAUAAAAUGUCAGAAAAUCCAAUCAUAGACUUCAACAUUUCCUUGUUUGGCUUUGAAAGGACCUCCAGGUUCCAUUGCCACAAUGUAAUCUUAAGCUUGUACCCAGAUCUCACUCUGCCUUAUGCUGAAAAGUGAGAUCUCCCUUUCCCUUGGCCGUGGGAGAUCUGGGUAUGAGAUAGACCACAAUGCUGUGCUGUUAAUUACAUAGGAAACAACGUCUAUAGUCAUCCACAACUACAAUAGAUUUUCAUUUGUUUAAUAUAGCAUCAGUCUCUUCUUGGAGCAUCCCAAAUAAUUAUUUGCACUGUUUAUUUAUGAAUGGUAUUUGACACCUUAUAAGGCAUCAUCUAUAUACAAGGUACCAUAUUAAAAUCUGCAUUUAGUGGACACUAGAGGUUUCCUUGAGGGUGUUUGCUUUAAUACAUGCAAUACAAGAAGUUUUAUUGUAACAGGUAAUUCCACAUUUUUUUACUUAAAUUAGAUUUACAAACGUCUCAGUGUCUUACAAAGUACACUUAACAGGGUGCAAAGAAAGUCAUUUUUACCGCUUGCCAUUUGGGUAAGCUGAAGCUCGCAUUUACUAGCCCCCCAAAUUUUUUGGGUUCUUCUGUAAGUUGAAUUCCUCAAAAUACAGAAUUCACUAGCCCAAUAGCAAAAUCCACUUGCUCCGGGCUAUCGGACACUACUUUUUUUGCACGCUGCCUAAUGUAAAGAGGAAACAAACGAACAAACAAAACAAAAAGUAAAAACAAAAAAAUAUUGCAGCAGACAAUGUCUAAGUUGAUAGAAUGUACAUUAUCUUAAUAUUUAUGUACAAUAGUCAAUUGUUAAUGAGAUCACAUGAUAUUGAUUAACUUUUCCCACUUACUAAGAUGUUUAUUUAAUGUGCCUCUUUUCCUGGUGAUAUAAAGUUCAGUGUAAUGAAUUGUGCUUGUAAAAGCAUUGUUAAAACAAGAAAAAAUAAUUAGAAGUAACAUCAUUUGAUGUUUCUAUGUAUCCAUGGAUACAUGUACACCAAAAUGUUGAAUACCGGUAAGUAUGAUUCUACAAAUCAAUGAUUUGACAUCUUUUUUUGUUGUGUUUGUAGGGGAUCUCUAAAGUAUGUACCAGAUACCUUCGUUCCUCUCCAGGAUCUGCCUAUGAGACCCAGGUAA